GUACAAACUUUUUAAACAAAAUCAACUUUUCUACGAGACUAUAUCCUUUGGAAAAAAAGUUAAUCACAUAUUUCUAUGAAUGGAAUAACUCACUAUCAUAACACAACUGUAAGGAUUCUCUAAGGUCGAUAACGGAUAUAAUAGUGAAGCAGAGGCAUGCAGUCAUGAACACGCUAUCAGAGGUCACACUAUUCUUACCAUGCAACAAGAAACCGAAAGCUAUCAGUUCAUGACAGCAGUGGAGGAUCCUGGCCGGUUCCAAUAGUAUGUUUGAUGUUCUUCAUUUGAGCUCCAAUUAAGUUCCAAUCAACGAGGUUAGUCCUUCAGCUGAUCUCGUGAGUUGCGAGGUUUAUCUGCUAGUUCAUUUCUAUGGAGGAGAUGCUUGAGGUAGUUGAAGGAAAAGUGGACUGGAAGGGAAGAUCAGCUUUCAAACAAAAACAUGGAGGAACUAAAUCUUCUUUGCUCACACUAGUGACAUAUGGUUUCGAUCAAAUGGCAAACUUCGCGCUUGCAGUGAACUUGACUACGUAUUUCAAUACUGUGAUGCACUUGGAACUAGCGGAUGCGGCCAACCAACUGACGAAUUACAUGGGAACAUGUUACAUUCUCUCUAUUCCAAUGGCUGUUCUCGCAGACACAUGCUUGGGCAGAGUCAAAACUGUCAUAAUUUCUGGCUGUCUUGAGUUUCUGGCGCUAAUAUUGCUCAUGAUACAAGCUCACUACCCGAAGCUCAAGCCACCACUUUGCAAUAUAUUUGAUAAACAAUCCCACUGCGAGACAGUUGGAGGAGGAAACGCUGCCCUCCUCUAUGUUCCUCUAUAUGCAUUAGCUAUUGGGAAUGCAGGCAUUAAGGCUGCCUUACCACCGCAUGGAGCUGAUCAAUUUGAUGAAAAAGACCCCAAAGAGGCGAUGCAAAUAUCCAGCUUCUUCAAUCAACUGUUGCUAGGAUCGUCCCUCGGUAUAGCUGCUAGUUUAACUCUUGUUGUGUGGAUCCAAGACGACAAAGGUUGGGACUGGGGUUUCGGGGUAUCUUCUGCAGCCAUCUUGUUCGGCAUGGUCAUGUUUGUUGCCGGAUUGCCACGGUACAGAAUGCACAUUAUUUCUGGGUCUAAUGCAAUCGUCCAAGUUUUACAGGUCUAUGUUGCAGCCACUCGUAAUAGAAAUCUUGUCCUUCCCGAAGACCCUGCAGAUCUUUAUGAGAUUGAAAGGGACAAAGAGGCUGUUAUGGAAGAAGACUUUCUGCCUCAUAGAAACAUUUUUAGGUUUCUAGACAAAGCGGCAAUUCAACAAACACCUUGUAGGCAAGUUGAAAUUCCCGAAGCUUCAAGCCCUUGGAAACUAUGCACAGUGACCCAAGUAGAGAAUGCCAAAGUAAUUCUCAGCAUGAUACCAAUUUUCUGUUGCACAGUGAAUAUGAGCCUCUGCUUUGCCCAGCUCCAAACCUUCUCCAUCCAACAGGGCCUCACCAUGGACACAAAACUCACACCCUCCUUCAACAUCCCUCCGCCGUCACUCACCAUCAUCCCAGUCUUCUUUCUCAUCCUCAUGGCCCCAAUCUACGACAAGAUUCUUGUCCCCUUUGCUCGAAAACUCACAGGCAUCCCCACAGGAAUCACCCCCUUGCAACGAGUAGGUGUUGGAUUGGUUCUGUCCAUCAUCUCCAUGGCCGUCGCGGCACUAGUGGAAGUGAAGCGUAAAGGCGUUGCGAGAGACCACAACAUGUUGGAUGCAACCCCUGUUUUGCAGCCAUUGCCAAUCAGCACGUUCUGGCUAUCAUUUCAAUUCUUCAUAUUCGGAAUCGCAGAUCUCUUUGCAUACGUAGGGCUUCUCGAAUUCUUCUACUCCGAGGCGCCAAAAGCCCUAAAAUCUGUCUCCACUUGCUUCCUUUGGAGUUCGAUGGGCAUGGGCUACUUCUUGAGCACCAUAAUUGUGAAGACUGUGAACAGUGCUACGAAAGGGAUUACGAGAAAUGGAGGUUGGUUGAUUGGAAAUAACAUUAAUCGGAACCAUUUGAAUCUCUUCUACUGGCUGCUUUCAAUCUUGAGCUUCAUCAACUUCUUUAUCUACAUAUUUGCUACCCAGAAAUACAGUUACAGAAACCAUAACCCAGCCAUUGAUGACAGUAGGUAGGGAGCCAUGAGAGAAAAAAAGAAACUAAAUUAUGCUUAGAAUUGAAAACUUUCAAGAACUAUGGAUCAUAAAUAAUGUGUUAAAUUUUUAAAAUUUCUACCUUCUAUGGCUGAUGGUUUAUUUUA